AUGAAGGAGAUCACGAAACGUUUGGAUGCCGUCGGCAGCGCAGCAUCAGUGCUGGACAUUGAUGUCAUUCAAGUGACAUCAAAUUCUAAUGAAUCCUCUUUCGAUGUUACUGGUGACUCUACUCUUAAUGCUUCUACUCCCGAAACCACAGUCCUCUCUCCCACCCAAAAAGGAGUUCAGCUUGGCCGCGCAGAGCUGCUUCGUGCAACACAUCAACUAGUUGAUGGCCUGCUUCGGCUUCAGUCUAAAGCAUCUAGUCAGGCUCCAUCUUACCUUAGCCUUGUGCUACCGUGCCUGUUUAAACUUCUCAACGAUCCCCAUCAAGAUGUUCGUAUUGCUGCCGAUGAAGGAAUCAACAAAUUGAUCAAGCUGCUUCGUGUAAGCAUGACACAUCAGGUCAUCUUUGAACUGUUCCUGGAAUUGAAGCGCAAUGCCAAUGCUAGAACUGUGACUGUGGCGCUCAACAAGUUCUCUGGUCUUGUGCAUCGAAUCCGGGCGUCCAAACGAAGGUUCUACACUUUGAACCUUCUCCCGGUUCUUGUUACGAUUUGCGAACGAGACGAUGAGUCGGUUUUCGAUGUGCUUUCGGAACAGUUCGGGCAGAUUGCUUCUCAACUAUUUUGUCACGCAACUGAACGGGAGCUUGUUGAUUUUUUACGAAGACAGUUGCUGCGACUCUCGUCCGAAACGGCUUUGAUUCGUCGUUCAGUCGCUCAAACUUUGGUGCUAACCUGCCAGUAUUCGCGUGUCCCACUGACUCUGUUUCGACUUUUGCUUCAACGAAUUCUCCGUGACCUCGGUGGAACGGAACGACCCCCGACCAAUGUAGCCGCUGGUCUCCUCAGCACACUGCGCUACUUGUCUAUAGCUUGGCAGCAGGUCCUCCGAUCCAACCCUGCAGCUGUCGAGCAAGAAGCCAAACGUGCCUCCAGAGCUAAUCUGCGUGUGCGCACCUCAGCUAUGGGACCCAGCGAGCCUCUUACAUCAGAAUCCACUCCCAACAAAAUGGUUCGCUCCGAACUGGAGACCGAUGAUCCUCGCCUGACCUCGUCUGAUAUCUCUAGUCAGAAUACCGCUCAGUACGCAAAUGAACUGGAUGAUCGACAAUGGUCGCAGGCCUUUUUCACCUGCCUAGAUUACGCGAAUACUUCAAGUAUCACACUAUCAACGGCUGCUCUGGAAGCAUUGUCUCAAUUUCUAAUCGCCCGCCGCCCGUUGGUUCUAUUUCCACGCCAAUGGUUGUCUGGAACAACAACGAACUGGUCGUCCAGUAUGCUGGAAAAUCCUUCUGACCAAACCCCGGCCGCUGAUGUUGGCAUUGAAGAUGUGUUUUGUCAAGGUGAGCUCACCUUCCAUCCGUUUGAACGCACUGACUCUAUUCGCGAGGGUCCUAUACGAGAUUCAGCUUUGGACGGUGGUCCACUAUUCCCGGAUUCCUGGCAUCAUGUCGAUGGUGGCGCUCCAACCUUAUCACGCUCCGUCUCCUCGUCCAGCAUAGCCUCUUCGUUAGACGCUGACCCAGAACUACACCAGGCCCGACAGGAUGUACAAAAACAGCUCUCAAUGGUGAGGGCACGUAUGGCUCGUGAAGAACAAACGUCCAGUGUGGUACAGGAAACAGGUUCUCACUCCGAUACCAACUUCUCCGUGGAGGAUUAUUCUGUUCUUGGGUCGGUGGCUGAUUCGUCUGACCCCAGUGUGAUUAUGCUGAAAGGUACCUCUUCAGUGGACAUACUUCUUCGUCUGUUGCAUACACAUUCGGAUCCGCAACUACGUGGUCAACUUUGCGUUCUAUUCGGCCAACUCAUAUCCGCCUGUCUCGUCCAUGAUGGUCUCCUUGAAAGUGACGGAUCUCCGGUCCUGACCAAUCCGUACGAUGUGCUACUCAGUGCGAUUGAUCGAGUACUCUCUUCUUCCGUCGAGUCCUCGGGAAUCACUUACCGUCUGGCACUCUCUGGUCUGCGAUCUUGCGUGAACGCAAUUCUCGCAGUUCCUCGGCGCAAAUCUACUGCCCCACCUCUAUUGGAGACGGAUCUAGCUUCUUUCGUAAUGAACUGCGUAGCUCGGAACCUGGCACCUGCCGCGCGACACUCUUAUCGACUCGUGCGUCGCGAAUUCCUUCUGCUUGUCAAUGACCUGAAUUGGAAUGCAAUCAAUUUCUGGGAGGCGAUAGUAUCGAACCCGGCAGCCUCCGAGUCCCCGAGUUUCCACCGUCAACCUUAUGUUCUAUUUGAAUCCAAACUGGACUGUUUUUUGGAGAAAUGCACUCAUUUGCAAAUCGAUUUGGUUUUCACAAGAGACUCAACUGAAUCUUUCAUUUAUGAUAUUCUACAACUGAAUCGGCUGAAUUGUCUGGCGCGUCCGCAUCAACUGGUGGAUCUGGCAUGGACAGAAACGUGGCGCCUGCUGUCCGAUCCGGAGUCGGAGCUGUCCGAACUGGCCGCUGCGACGCUGGUGUACACAUUAAGCGACAUCCUGCCGAACGAUUCCCGAAAUGGCUCUUCGUACCUUCUGGAGUGUAGCGUUGAACGCCGUCUGCACUAUUGGUAUCCCAGUUUCUAUUCUAGUGCGUGUCUGCCAAUCAUGUCCUGCGGUCUGUUGGACUGUUGGGAUUCGCAGAUUUUUCCCCCAUGUAUGUCUGGCCUACCCAUGGAACUCGAUGUUGGACCUUCUGGCCUGCAUAGCCUUCCCCUUUGUAGUCGCUUGCUCUACGCAGAAUCUAUGGAUAUCGGAUCUGGAGGACAACCGGGAAAUCGGCAGUCUCUGGCUUUAGCCGGUUCACUACGCCUGUUCCGGCAGUGCGUCACAGGUUUGCUCGAAUUACCGUGUGCCAGCUUACUACCAGAAGAUCGCUAUAUGCUGCACGGUAUCGUUCGUUGUCUAAAUCGUCUCGUUGGUCAAACCCAUGUUAUGGCAUUAGCCGAACUCUGGUAUACUCCUGUUGAAAUGAUGGACCCGAAAAAUGACUCCCCGGAGGAUUUGCAUCGUCAGCGUCGUCCACGAAUAGCCCUGCUCUCGUGGCAGUGCCUGACACUCCUUUCAGCCGCGCCUUUGACCACGAUCGACCUAGAUCUGCAUGUCGAUUUACUCUAUCUCUGCACGGGAUGUCUAACACGUUGGGCGCUACACUCUCUAACCGAGGGUAGCAUUUCCCAGGGUACACAAUCAAUGAGCCUUGAUCUUCAACACGCCUACACCCGAUUUUCUCUGUCCCUGUUGCAUCACGUAGCUCGCGUGCUGUUCAUAUUGUGGCACGUCGUGGAGGAAAUACAACCCUCUCCCGUUCCUCCAAGCAGCGCGCAUGCUGAUCCUUUUCACCCAGAUUCACCGCUGAGCAUUGCGUUGCAGCUAUCGAGACGACUUCAUUCAGAUGCCACUGGUCCAGUGGUAAAUGAAGCUCAGGCUAUUCCGGGAAAACCGGUUUCCAGUGAUUCGUCAACCUCUGGGAGAACUCCGCGACGUCCGAUCAGUGCUAAACUAGCAAGCCCACUGAAGAAAGCCCAACAAGAGACAGCAGUGACUGAAUCACGCCGCAUCCUGGGCUACUUCAGUCACAUACCACAUUACAUGUCCUUGUACCAGGCACUUAAAAUUUCGCCUGAUCUAACCGGCUCACAGGACCGUCUAAUGAACUUACUCCAAGCCUACCUACACACACUUAGUCGGCUGAUGUGUAAUCUACGCCUGGCCGAGACUGCUCCAUACUCAGAUGAACUGCUGACCUAUGUGGCGGUCCUUUAUCACUGUCAUCCAGCGGCCUGUCUGGAAGCAUCCACCCAAAUUCUUCGAGCUUUUGUUGGGACCAAUUUGAUCAGCCACUGGGACGAGCAAUUGGCCAAGCUGUACAAUGUGGCUCUGAGUCCCGGACUGUCCUCUUCAACUUCUUUUGACCCCCGUCCUGAGGCUGCCACCGCUGACAAAAAUGAACCAACCAAGAGCGUUGAAGCACCAGACUCAGACCGAACCAUACACACCUCCUUCGGUGUUCAUGGUUCACUAGAGAAACUGUGGACUCGAUAUGUGAACUAUACUAGUAUGUUGGCAUCUCGCACAACUGAUGUCACUCCGUUUGCCUCAUGGUUGGGGUUGGAUCAGCUUGUGCGCACCCCGAUCACCGCUUGGAUCCGUUUCGCUCGUCAGUGGCGUGUUCCUUUGCCUUUGACAUCGAAAAACUCGGUUAUUCGGAAUGAACUUACUCAGUUUUUCAAGCGAUUCGAACACAUUGUGAUUCAGAGUAUGGAAGAGUACAAGUGGACCACAUGUCCCAACCUCCAGUCGGGCAUACUCAAUCUGCUCACACAUUUAGUCUGUCUACAGCUGAACUACGAGCAACUGGACACGGGACUGGAAUUUCUCCAGACGGUUUUGAAGCAUUGCGAGAACCUCUCCUUGGAUAUCCACCGGCAACAAAUGAGUCCACUGGGUUCUGCCCGCAAGCGUUCUACGUUGGACGAACCGUGGUGGGCCUUCUGCUCUGGUCUUUCCACAACCACACCAGCAACAACUAAUGGUCGAAUGAUACAUCAAAGCCAGCAACACCACCAAGGUCUGGUGAACGCAAUCUUUCGUUUCCUGGUCACUUUAGCCUAUCAGAAACAGCAUUCCAGCAAAUCCAAUCGGGGACUAGAAUCCCAGACUGAACCGCCUGGGACCACGGCGACGAAUGCGGUUCGACCACCCGCUUUUGCUCAGGUAAUGCACAUGGCCGAGACAUUGGCCGCCGAAGAUCUCGACCCAGGAAGUACUGUUCUAUCUGCCUUGGUGCCGAUCGUGGUGGAUCUGUAUGUCAUCCAACGCCCUUUAAUCUCAUCCUCGGUGCCGAGUCAUUUUCUGGAAGAAAAAGCUGAGGACCCUGUAUUCAAGCAGGCGGAAGUGGCGCGUGAGGCUGCAUUCAACUUUUUUCUUCGUCGGCUGGCCCAUCUGCCUGCCAGCUACGAUCAGUUGUGCCUCAUAGUGGAAGAGGCUACUCUCCUCCAGUUGGGUCCUUCGAAUGUUCAGGAGAAGCGCUUAUCCAAUGUCCUCAGUCAGGUUGUUGACGUCGUCGUGACGCAUUUGACGGAUGGUACUAUGCAGAUAUGUACGCGUGAUGACUUAGGCUCAAUUCUGCGUGUCUGCGACCAUAUUAUUAUCGCACUAAGCGACUGUCAAUCCACACAUCUCGCGAACAUCCGUCUCGCUCUGGAUCGCGUUCUAAAGGUCACGCUGCCUGUUACGGAUAAGUCAUCGCCUGUAACUGCAGACUGUGAGACUGACUUGACAAGUUUCUCCGUACAGUGGGCUGUUGCACAAGUUUGUUGCAUACGCCUGCAUCUGCGAUUGCUCACCCUGCUUCGUGGUCACGCCCCGUCUUCUCCCGCGAAUACUGCAAGUAAUCCUAUCCAACAAUCGGCCCACCUUCUCAGGCAGGCGGAAGUGGCGCGUGAGGCUGCAUUCAACUUUUUUCUUCGUCGGCUGGCCCAUCUGCCUGCCAGCUACGAUCAGUUGUGCCUCAUAGUGGAAGAGGCUACUCUCCUCCAGUUGGGUCCUUCGAAUGUUCAGGAGAAGCGCUUAUCCAAUGUCCUCAGUCAGGUUGUUGACGUCGUCGUGACGCAUUUGACGGAUGGUACUAUGCAGAUAUGUACGCGUGAUGACUUAGGCUCAAUUCUGCGUGUCUGCGACCAUAUUAUUAUCGCACUAAGCGACUGUCAAUCCACACAUCUCGCGAACAUCCGUCUCGCUCUGGAUCGCGUUCUAAAGGUCACGCUGCCUGUUACGGAUAAGUCAUCGCCUGUAACUGCAGACUGUGAGACUGACUUGACAAGUUUCUCCGUACAGUGGGCUGUUGCACAAGUUUGUUGCAUACGCCUGCAUCUGCGAUUGCUCACCCUGCUUCGUGGUCACGCCCCGUCUUCUCCCGCGAAUACUGCAAGUAAUCCUAUCCAACAAUCGGCCCACCUUCUCAGCCAUGCAUUCCACGUUUUGCGACAACUGGUUCUUGCCGUACACCAACUUUUAGUGGAAAAUCCACGGCUGGCCACCUCCUUGAACAAACUCACUCUGGAAGACGGGGACACAGUCGGCGUGCUGCUACAACUGGUUUGUCAACUCACGCUGACGCAUUUUCUCACCGUGAUCGAACUCACUGACUGCUGUAAGAGUUUUUCUGAAAGGCUGUGUGAAGACCAGACCGCUUUGCCACAUUCAUUUCCUAAUCCGCUCAAUUCUGAGUUCCAACAACUGAGUCGGCAAUUCUCUCGACUGGGACUGUUCGAGCCAUUAUUUCCCGUGCUUUGGACCCGUUUAUCCAUGCUUCUGGUCCAGUUGUUGGUACCUUCUGUGGAUGGACGUGAGCAGGCCCUCAUCACAGCCCCGAGUAUAUGGUCUGCCAGUGAGCACAUUCUAUGCGCGGAAAUUUGCGCCCAAGCCAACUUGACGGAGCAACUGAGGUGGGCUGUGAAACAUGGUCGGAAUAAAACAGCAUUGCUCAACCGGAUAGUCAAACCAGGUCCCGAAAAUAAACUGCUGCCGACGGAGCUCAUUCGUUUGCUUGAUCUUUGGCACUCUCGUGUAUCACCGGUUGUCCAACUCCUGGAAGAGCUCGCCAACUGCCCUACUGGAGGGUCGCAGCUUCUAAGCUAUCUUUCGGAAUCCGUGCCUUUUAUGACCAUCGUCCAACUUCGCACGAUGUUACGUCUUCUAUCCGGUCAAGACCGUCCUCCUCAUAUCAACCAGCGUUUAGCAAUUUUGUGGGAUCAUUUCAUCGCACCCAGACCCGACGAACCAUCUUCUUUGAACGAGUGCUCCACUUGUCGCCGACCGUCUCUACCUCUUGGCUUACAGCUGUCCGCCAUACGGGAGGCCUCACGGUUGUUCCGAUUGCUUCUCGAAUCGGAAAAGACCGACAAAGUAACGGUAUCCAACCACUCCAUGUCGGUUCCGCUGACUACACUAAUGGACUACUGCGGUCGUCUUCCCAAAACCAACGCGCUCCGGUCGUCUGUGCUCGAGCUAGGGGAUCUCUUAGAACAGGCGAUCAGUGUAUGGACUCAUGUUGGUAGCCAUGCUCCACCUCACGGAAAUGGAGCACCAUCCUCGAAUCAGGCAGAUCUCACUAUAGACGUUGCCGGUGUGCUCCAGCAUCUGGAAAGUGGUUCAAACGUUUGGCUGCCUGAUCUCGCUCAGGUUCUGCUACGUCAGCCAUCUUGUCAUUCGCACAUCCGUGGAGCAGUUCGUCUCUUGCAAGCUUUGCCUGACACAGAUGCGACUGCGGUUCAACGCCUGACCUCCAUACUGCGUGCUUGUUGCAGUCGUUGUUAUCCGACUCUCAUCUACUUCAGCCUCGUGUUCCACUCGUAUCCUCGCAGCCGGCACACUGUUUGUGAGGAGCAAACUACUAAAGCGAGUCAACCACACACUGAUCAUACAAUCUGUGUGACACCACAACUUGGCUGUCUAUUCCGAACCGCGCAACAAAUCUUGUUUGACCGCAUCCAAACCAUCGUCUCCGAUCCUUCGUGCCUACGUGCAGUGGAUUUUGAUCCGGGCUUAGACACUUCCGUGCAGUGCGAACUGAUCGGGCUGACGACGGCAUUGGUACAUUUUCUACAGAUCGUUCCCGAACUGCCUGCUGUCGACGUUGUGCCGAUGGAAACAGAGACGGUGGCGUUACGCUUCCUCUGUGUCCUCACAGAAUUUGUUCUCCAGUCCCUCUGCUAUGAUCCGCACGAAUCAGUUGGCAGCCGGAAAUCUCAACUUAGGCACCGCAGUUGCUCUUUUUCAUUGGUACAAAUCACACUCGAACUCAUGGAUCGUGUGUUGCAAACGAUUCCCAAACACCUGGUCAAAGGUGUGGAUGUUCUAGGAGAUGGUGCCGAACAAUUGCUCACGCAGUUCGUCACGUUUUUUGCUGCUGUGGAUAAAUUUGCUGGCCUUUCUGUGCCCCUGACCUACUGGACGCUAAAUGAUCACCCACAGCUGCAUGCAAGAAAUUCAACUCUCGAAGAUGCGACUGUGACAACCUUGCUAGUACCGAAAUACCCAUCUUUAUUCGGUUCGUGGUUCCAGUAUACCCAGCCUGCAUCGAUUAUCGCCACAUUCACAAGCGUUGGCACUGCGGCUUCGGCCUCAGUUUGUCUCGCAGGCGGAGACGACACCUUCGGCGGAAGGAGCCUCCUGCAAAGUGCUAUCGCUGAGCGAGUUCCUCCUUGCCAAGUUUUGAACAAGUGUCGACUUCUCCGGUCAUUUUGUGUCCCUGGCAUGGAUUGGUCGCUAAGUGGCCGGUUGAAUAUGUGUCUGAUUGGUUGUAUUCGUCUGCUUGCCCUGCGGACGAGUCUGUGUUCAGCAAAAAAAUCCCUACCGUCUGAGACAUUGGAAGUUGGUUCCAUGCUUGGGCUAGAACACGAAAGUAUCGCUGCCGUAAUCUCGCGUUUUGGUGCGUUCGCGUGGACAGACCGUCGACAGUUUGAAACGAUGUGGACAAAUUUCUUGGAAUUGCUGGAUCCCUAUGGGCUUGAGUUGGGCCACCUGAUUCGAUAAUGGCGCAGAUGUGGUAAGUUCUUGCUAGUGCGAUCA